AUUGUUGUUUGUCAAUUUUGAGAGCCUCAAGAUGUUAGAUCCUAAUUCAGAGGCAUCUAAUGCUGAAAAAGAGAAAAUUCCUUUGGCUGAGAAAGAGGCCAUGGCUGUGAUACCUGCAGGAGGAGAUCAAAAUGGUCCUGCUGAUGUCAAGAUUGACAUCAAGGGAGUCCAAAAAUCAUUUGCUGGACUGACAAAGGAAGAGCUGAUGAAGUACUCAAAUGACCCAUUUUGGGUCCGUCUGCGCUGGAUCAUAUUCAUAUUGUUUUGGCUCUUGUGGGUUGGUAUGUUGGUGGGAGCCAUCAUUAUCAUCAUCCUAGCUCCCAAAUGUGAACCACGUGCAACUCGAGAAUGGUGGCAAAAGGGCCCUAUCUAUCAAGUUUAUCCUAGCUCUUUCAAGGACAGUAAUGGAGAUGGGAUUGGUGAUCUGAAAGGGUUGGAAAGCAAAUUGGACUACCUGGACGACCUUGGUGUGAAGGCUGUAUGGCUAAAUCCAAUCUAUGAAUCUCCCAACAAGGACUUUGGGUAUGACAUCUCCAACUUUACUGCCAUUGAUAAGAGAUAUGGAACAAUGGCUGACUUUGAAGCCCUUGUUGCUAAGCUGCGUUCAAGAGGGAUCGAAUUGUUGAUGGAUUUGGUACCCAAUCACACAAGUGAUAAACAUCCUUGGUUCGAGAAGAGUGUGAAGCGGGAAGGAAAAUAUAAUGACUACUAUAUCUGGGAAGACAGUGCUGCUGCUGACCCAUCUGGUCAACAACUGCCACCCAACAACUGGGCAAUUAUAAAAAAGUGGCCACAGAUCAUUGGAUGUUUGGCUGUGCUGAGUGUCUUUGGAAAGUCUGCAUGGGAGUGGCAUCCAGAGAGACAGCAGUAUUAUCUCCAUCAAUUCUACAAGGAGCAACCAGACCUCAACUGGCGGAAUCCAAAUGUUCAGGAAGAGUUUAAGGAAAUCAUGCACUUCUGGUUGGACAAAGGCAUUGGGGGUUUCCGCUUGGAUGCUGUCAUUCACUUGGUGGAGGCUGAAGACAUGAUUGGAAAAGAUGAACCACCUUCACGUGAUCCCAAAGUCACUGAUCCAAACAAGUAUGGUUAUCUUGAACACACUUUGACUGCUCAUCAACCUAUGACCUUCACAAUUAUGGAGACAUGGAGAAAAUUUGUGGAUAACUAUGCAGAGAAAAUGGGUGAUGGUCGACAAAGGGUGUUGUUGGCUGAAGCAACAGGGGAAGUACCAGAUGUGAUGAAAUAUUAUGGAAAUGGAACAAUUGCUCACUUCCCAUUUAACUUCCAGUUCAUCGAUGGGCUAAAGCCACCACUCACAGGAGACAAGGUCAAGGACAACAUCAGUGAGUGGAUGGAGAGCUUGCCCAAUGAUAAUCUGUGGCCCAACUGGGUGUUGGGUAAUCAUGACAGAAGUAGAGUGGGAAGUCGUUUUGGGAAGGCCUUCAUAGAUGCUUUCAACAUCAUCACAUUGGGCUUGCCUGGGACCCCCAUCACAUAUUAUGGGGAAGAAAUUGGGAUGGUGGAUGGAAAUAUAUCUUCAAGGAACAUGCAGGAUUCUUCUGGCCGGGACCCCUACCGCACUCCUAUGCAAUGGGAUGAUUCUCCUCAUUCUGGGUUUUCAGAAAACACCCCAUGGGUACCAGUGAACCUAGACUUUGAGACCAACAAUGUGAAAGCACAGGAAACUGAAAGGACCAGCCAUCUAAAUGUGUACAAAAAAAUGACGAAAUUGCGUUCUGUUGAAAAAGCAUUCCUUUAUGGGGAUCUAAGCUUCCCUCUUGUUGACACUGAUAUCUUCUCCUUCUCCCGCAUAAAAGAAGGAAGUCCUGGUUAUCUCAUUGUGGUCAAUUUUGGUGGAAAAAAUCACACUCUUGACUUUACCAAAAGCAAGCACAUUCCCACUGGAGAAGCUGAUGUCAUUUUAUAUACCACUGGUCACGAUGAUGACAUAUUAAAUGAAGUAAAAAGUGUGGACCUGGCACAGGUCACAUUGGGUCCAAAGGAUGCCAUGGUGUUGAAAUUCAAUCCUAAUUUUGACAACCCUGGGAUUGAAGAGGGUAACCUGGCCCCAGAUUUGACAAGCAACCAAAACUAGGAAUGACAAUGCUCCUCAUAUGGAAAUACCUUGAGUGUUCUUCUCUUUAGACUUUUUCUUCUUUUCCAUCUAUUAUUUAGUUCAUAAUGAGAGGCAGCUGUGUCUCCAAAAGCAGCAGCAGGGACAUUGAACACAAAAGCCAUUCAUCCUUCCCUUUGGUUUAAAAGGCUGUACUGUUGCAUUAUGAGUCUAAGUGAUGAAUAAGAUAGAUUUGAUGGCUUUGAUGAUUGAAAACAAACAGCACAUGGUGAGAUAGAGGCAUGGCAUAUUCCUACCAGUAAAAUGCAUUUAAUUUAAAAUUCAUUACUUUGAACAUAUCACCAGUGAGAAAAUCAUGGAAAUUGUAACCAGUGAGAAAAUUUUGUAAUAUGUGACCGGUGAUGAAAAUGUGUAAGAUGCAACCGGUGAGAAAAUUGUGUGCAUUUAUUUCAGUACCCAGUGCAGGUAUAGAUAAUGGUUAUGAUGUGUCAUGAAGAGCAUAUGCCCAUCAUAUGCAGAAAUGAUACUCACUCUCCUUUGUCUCUUGGCCAAUUGUCACUCCACCAGGAGACAAUAACAGAUGUUUUUGCUCCUCCUGCUGCUGUCAGUUCUUGAUAUAGAAAUAAAGUUUCAUUUCUUUCUUGAUGCAA